AAUCAUGCCCUGCUGCCAAGUCCAGAGUCUCUCAUGGGUCCCUGUACGGCCUCCCAUUGCUGCUGUCUCCAUCGCCACACUCUGCCAUGUGCCACUUUCAGGUCUCCUCACACUGCUGGUGUGUUCCAUUUUUUGUCAUAGGGUGCUGGCAGAUUACGGGCCUCCCAUAGCUGCUGCCAGGCCCCUAAUCUGCCAUGGGCCCCUAUACCGCCUCCUCAUGCUGCUGCCAAGUCCAGAGUCUGUCAUGGGUCCCUGUACGGCCUCCCAUUGCUGCUGUCUCCAUCGCCACACUCUGCCAUGUGCCACUUUCAGGUCUCCUCACACUGCUGGUGUGUUCAUUUUUUGAC